AUGCAUAGACAUUUAAGAUCAUUGAGAAGAAUGAAAAUAGAUCAAGGAUGGAUUCAUACCUUAUUAGAAGAAGCAGAAAAUGAAAGGAUUCAUCUUUUGACUUUUUUAAAGAUUAAAAAAACCCUCAUUAUUAUUUAGAACUGGGGUAGUUUUAGCUAUUUGGUGAUACCUAUAAGUUCUGUCCUAAAGUCUGUCAUAGGAUUGUUGGAUACUUGGAAGAUGUGGCAAGAUGGUAGUCCACCAAUUCAUUAAUGGACUCUUCGCAAGGCCAAUCACCAUUCUAUUGAAUAUUGGGGAUUAGAAGAUGAUGCCACUCUAUUUGAUGUCGUUAAAGGAAUAAGAAAGGAUGAAGAACAUCAUAAAGAUAUAAAUCAUUUCUUUGCUGAUGACUACACCUAAUUCAAAUAAAAUUCCUUUCCUCCUGGCAAAUGA